AUGAAUAACGAUCCGCAUAAUCGCCAUUGGCAUGGAACUGUAGGUGACCGUUAUGAGCAACCCAAUGUCUGGGUCAGAGGCGGUGCACCUCAGAGCUUUCCCCACAAUUCUUCCUUCAAUAUCAUGGGUACCGACAUGAGCGACAGACAUGAUUCCGCUGCGUCGGACACCUCUUCCAACUCGUCCAACAGCCCAACCCGGAGAAGAUCAAGCAUGUUCGAGGGCCUGGCUGGCCAGAAGCGGAAUGCGAAUGAUCCCAACAUGACUGUUCGUCGGGAGAGUUGGAAGGAGCAGGGCGAGAAGGGCGGCUUCUUCUCACAGUUGUGGGAUGGAUAUACCAAGGGCAAGUGA